CCUCUUGGCGCCUCAAUUAACUGCCAAAACCACAUCACCACCCUGACACUUGAGCUUUUGGUAACCUGGGCCUUUCUCUGUUCUCUAACCUUAGCGCGAGGGAGCGACGAAGACACUACUAUCAAACCGACUGCGAACUCGCAUACUUCUGUGUACUCGGUGCGGAGAAAGAAAGCCCGGCAUACUAACCGCAGAGAGGGGCGCUCCAGCCGAUUCCACCUCCACACUGCCUAACCCUCGCGCCACCACAAUACCCCUUAGGCACUUGGGGUUGAGAUCAAUUAUCCUUCCUCGUUAUAUCCCUUAUUUUCCAGUUUGACUGAAUCAACAUAUUUUACUAUCCAUCAUGUCGAAAAUGUGGGAGGUAGACCCGGAGACGAAGGCGAAGCUCCUCCAAAUCUCCAAAACCAACGGAAACGAUAAAUGCUGCGACUGCGGCGCGCCAUCGCCUCAAUGGGCCUCCCCUAAAUUCGGAAUAUUUAUCUGUCUCAAUUGCGCAGGCACUCACCGCGGCCUGGGCGUCCACAUCUCCUUCGUGCGAUCGAUCACCAUGGACGCCUUCAAGAUCGCCGAGAUCCAACGUAUGGAGCUCGGUGGUAACGAACCAUGGAAGUCAUUCUUCGAUGACCACAUCGUCACUCAGUCCGAAGGCCGUACAUUCGAAGACUCCACCAUCAAAGAGCGCUACGAAGGCGAAGUAGGCGAGGAAUGGAAAGAGAGACUCUCCGCCAAAGUCGAGGGGCGAGAAUACGUUCCGGGACAGAAACCACCACCCCAACCAAAGAAGCAACCCACCGUUGAACUCGCAUCUUCGCGAUCAAGCACACCGUUGGGUCGCGCCUCUCCUGCGUCGCAUGAUGGAUUCGGAGAUAGCGGAAUCCGACUUCGCAGCCCAAGCCCGCCAACAUGCCACCCAACUUGGCCAAACUGUCCAAGUCGCGCCCGCGGUGCGGCUGGUCACUUUCAGCGAUUCGUAGAAGGCCCAGACGAGAACAACGCCGGUCGUCGUCGCGCCGAACCCGAACGUAAGGAUUUCUGGGACGACUUCUCCACCCUCGCACAGGAGGACAGUCACCGCAGAAAUGCCUCCCGCUCCAGCGCCAUCGGAACUGCAGCCAUGAAACCCGGCCCUACCCCUAGUCCCAGCGCCGCGACAGGGAAUGCACCAUCAACGACCGCGAAGGAAAAGGAUGACUGGGACAAUGAUUGGUGAUCUACUUUUGGAGUUGUAGAAUACAUGGCUGAAGCGUAGUGCAUUUAGUGUUUUGUCGCGUUUCUUCGAUUGCCGG